AUUCUCCUUGUUUGCUUACAUGAAUUGAAAAGGGACCAACUUGUUUAUAAUAAAGUCUUCGUGUACUCUUCUCAGAUCUGAAUCAGACCCAAUUCUCUCCUGGGUUUUUCACCAAGUUUGAAGGGUCAAAAACCCCAUACAGAUUCCUUGUAUUCUUCUGUAUUUCACUUGGACACGGGCAGAGAGCAAGGAAAGGAGGGAUGGGGUUGGUGGGUAACCAAGAAAAUGGGAAUGGAGAGGUGGGUUUGUCUGGUAUUCAUCUGGGAAGCAAGAACAAGUACAGGAGGAUGGAUUCUGAGCUCACUGAUGAUGGAGGUUUUGAUGAAGCUUCACUCCAGAAGCAGCAGCAGGAGGAGAGGAGAAGAACCACCAGGAAAUAUGUGUUUGCUUGUGCAGUUUUUGCGUCUCUCAACUCUGUCCUCCUUGGCUAUGAUGUGGGUGUUAUGAGUGGAGCAAUCCUAUUCAUUCACGAAGAUCUAAAGAUAACAGAGGUGCAGGAAGAAGUACUCGUUGGUUGUUUAAGCGUAGUCUCUCUUUUUGGCAGUUUAGCUGGUGGAAAAACAGCUGAUGCCAUCGGUAGAAAAUGGACAAUGGGAUUAGCUGCCAUUAUUUUCCAAACAGGUGCGGCUAUAAUGACUCUCGCUCCUUCUUUCGAAAUCCUAAUGGUAGGAAGACUCUUAGCUGGGGUUGGAAUCGGGUUUGGAGUCACAAUUGCUCCCGUCUAUAUAGCCGAGAUAUCACCCACCAUUUCCAGAGGCUCACUCACUGCAUUCCCGGAGAUUUUCAUAAACAUUGGGAUUCUUCUUGGUUAUGUCUCAAACUACGCAUUUUCAGGUCUUCCAUCUCAUACAAGUUGGAGGAUAAUGCUUGCUGUGGGAAUUCUUCCCUCAGUCUUUAUCGGAUUUGCUCUGUGCAUAAUCCCUGAGUCACCAAGGUGGUUGGUGAUGCAAAAUAGAGUGGAAGAAGCAAAAACAGUGCUAUGGAAAACAAAUGAGACUGAUGCGGAGGUGGAGGAGAGACUUGCAGAAAUACUAUCAGCCGCUGGAACCACCAACGGUGAAAAGUACGAGGACAAAGCUGUGUGGCGUGAACUAUUGAGCCCUUCUCCUGCGCUUCGCCGGAUGCUGGUCACAGGUAUUGGAAUCCAGUGUUUCCAGCAGGUCACGGGAAUCGAUGCCACCGUCUAUUACAGCCCUACAAUCUUAAAGGAGGCCGGCCUUGUGGGUAACUCAAAGCUUCUUGGAGCAACUGUUGCUGUGGGAAUCUCAAAGACAGUGUUCAUACUAGUUGCUAUUGUCCUCAUAGACAAAGUUGGAAGGAAGCCACUUCUAUACGUGAGCACAAUUGGCAUGACAGUCUGCUUGUUUACUUUGGGUAUUACUCUAUCUUGGCUAAAGGGGGGACCUUUCGGGAUUGAUUUGGCAGUGUUGUCGGUUUGCGGAAACGUUGCUUUCUUUUCUGUCGGGAUUGGUCCAAUCUGCUGGGUUUUGACAUCCGAAAUCUUUCCGUUAAGGCUUCGAGCUCAAGCAGCAGCGCUUGGAGCCGUAGGGAAUAGGGUCUGUAGCGGUUUGGUCGCCAUGUCUUUUCUCUCUGUCGCCCAUGCGAUUACCAUGGGUCGAACGUUCUUCGUAUUUUCAGCAGUUUCAGCCGUUUCUGUCGCGUUUGUCUACGCUUGUGUUCCGGAGACGAAAGGAAAAUCUCUGGAGCAAAUGGAUUUGUUGUUUCAGAGUGAACAGGUGUGGGAGGGGAGUCGGGCGGAGCAGGAGUUCGGAGAUGUUGAGCAACUAGUGCAGAAAUAAGUAACUUCCUUUCGGGGUUCUUUCUGACCUUAUACUCGUUCUGACCUUAUACUCGUUGAUUUCAAAGCAAAGGAAUUUGUGCUAUGUUUCUGGAUUGCACCAUGGAAGAAUGCUGCUGUUGCUGUUUCUGAUCUGGCUUACAGAAACUCCAUGGAGAGAUGUUGCUGGCACAGAGACUUUUGUGUAGUGUUUUCUCAUUUGUGCAGCUACAAGCUUACCUUAAAUUAUUUGGAAAAAAUUAUGUAAAUUUAUUUUGGGAAAGUAUCCAAGUCAUUAAUAAUCCUUCAAAUUUAUUUUGGGAAA